AUGCGUCCUUGUUUUGAUUCAUCAUCUGUCCCAUCCUCACCUACUGUCACUACCCAUCAUUCUUUACAAUCUUCAAACUCAUCAUUCCAACCAGCAUAUUUCCAUUCUUCAGCACAUUAUGAUAUAUCCAAACGAAAGUCAAUGGAACCGCCUAACGUGGCUCACGAUCGAAGUUAUAUUUGUCAAAAUGUGAAUCCUACCAAUUCAUCGUCUUUGCAGCGUAUUGCCAAUUCGCAAAUUCAUCAUUUGACUCAUUAUCCACAAUCACCUAUUCAGACAACCACCCCUUAUUCUGCUUAUGAAUGCUAUAGGAACAGCUUUUCACAUUCACAGCCGAAUAUUACAGGUGACUCAUCGAAUGUGGGUAAUGCAUCCGAAUUCGAUCCUACGAAAAUUACAUUGUACAUGAAACAAGACUCUCUUCAACACAAUCAAUCACAGAUUCCACAUCGUCAAUUUCGGGAUGCUAAUGUCAACCAAACAACAAAACGCCCUCGUCCUCCACCACCGCCUCCACCUCCUCGAAGUGGUAGUUGGAUUGGUAAAACCACAGUUUCAACCCCGAUAGAUGAUUCUACAAACCAGCACUGUAUUAAAUAUAAUCGUGAGUCAUCGUGUUCGCAGAUGAAAGUAGUCACAUCCUCUACUGACCCUAUUACUGUCGAUUAUUCAACUCAACAACAGCCACGUAUUUAUCAAAUGCAUAGUUCUAUUGGUCAUACCAAUACGCAUCCUCCAUCUCCAAAUGUGUUCACUAUAUCCAGUACACAUCCCAAUAACAAUGUGCAAAAUCAUACGUCCGGUCCCAGUUGCUUAAGUGAUAGUUCUUAUACGGGUAUAGCGAUUGCAAAGCAUUCUAUGCAGCACCAUCAACAGGAACAGCAGAAAGGUCCGCAACAACAGUAUCAGCGUCAAAAUACCAGAAUAUCAGCAUCUGGUCAACAGUUGUUGGCUAUGAAUUCUCCUACACAAUAUCAGCCUUCAGACUCUGUACCUUCUUGGUGUAGAUCAAAUCACGUAAGUGAUAAUGAUAAUUAUGAACACCAGCUGCAGUAUCCAUCGAAACAACUUAUCGUCAAUAGUCGAAAAGAAGUUAUUGAAGCACUACUUAGUCUGUUAAUAUGGCAUCAUCCAGAGACCAACUUUACAGAAAACAUGAAUCAGUCAGAAAUUCAUGCGUUUCACACCUUCUUAUCAAACUGGUUAGCCAGCUCAGACUCUAACUGUUUAUCCAAUAAUCAACUCCAUUCACCUACUGCUACACCUUCACCUACUAGUAUGUAUGUGGCUCAGUGUACACGUAGGAUUUUAACACAUUUAAUCAGAAUACUGUACAGUGAUACAGUGUAUGAUGAAGAAGUUUCAACAAAUCAGUCAGGGAGAGAAAUUGAAGAGGAAGACUACACCAUGAAUGCAUUGAUUGGUGAAUCUGGUGAAAGUAACCAUGGUGAUAAUCAUUACCUAUCAUAUUCUGCACCUUGUAAUAGCAAUGACGGUGGUGGCGUUAUAAGCAACCAGUCUUCAGACGAAGACAAUAAUCACCUGAUAACUGAUAGUAGUACAGUGCAACAAUCAAAUUAUGCAAAUAUGUCGAUCAACAAUUCUGACAAUAACAAAACUACUGACAAUAAUUUUAGUAGACUAAUGUUAACUAAUUCAAAGAUUCUUCCCCCGAAUACUUCAUUGAUAGAAUUGAAAGCUGCUGCUUUAGAGGCCAUUCAUAAACUGGCUCCAUUAUGUCAGCCGGAACCAAAGUUAUACGGAAGGGAUAUGGGGAUUAUUCAAUUACUCACUGCAAUUCAUAGUUAUAGCUUAAGCUUAAAUGAACGAAUCACACAGGUGAAUAUGAGCAAUAAUAAUAACAACAGUAAUACCAAUGAAAAUGUUGAGAAGACAGUGAUGAAUAGCUUGGAUAGAAGAACGAAUAAUAUCAUGUCUGUUGCAGAAUCAUGUAUAUCAUGUCCAGUAGCUGAAGUUGCUGCUCUCGUCCGCUUAUCAUUUGAUUCAAUGCAUAGAAAUGCUAUUUGUGAAUUAGGUGGUGUACACGCUCUUAUUUCCUUAUUACGCAUUGAACAAACAAUUUGGUCAAAACAGAGUAAUCCAUACAGUAAUAACAAUCCCAAUGCUAACAAUGAUGGUAAUCAUUCUACCUCACUAAUCAUGGGAAAUCAAAACUUUACUACAUUAUUAGAAAACAGUUUAGCACUAAGACGAUAUAUAUGUAUGGCCUUGACAAAUCUAACUUAUGCAGCUGCUGAAAACAAAGCAUUUAUAUGCAGACGUUUAGCGAACUUGGAGGCAUUGUUGGCUCAGUUGGAGACUGGAAAUGAAGAACUGAAACAGGUGUCUGCCAGUGUCCUACGUAACCUUAGUUGGCGUACUGAUAGCCGUAGUAAAGCUGCACUUCGACGUGUUUGUGCCGCUAAACGUCUAACUGUGGCAGCCAUGACUGCUCAACGAGAAAGUACUUUACGAACUACACUUAGCGCCUUGUGGAAUCUCAGCGCACAUUGCUCUCAAAACAAACGAGCUGUAUGCAGUGUGGAUGGUGUAUUCCCAUUUCUACUGAGAAUGCUACGUCUUCAAAAUCCUGUGCAGAAUCUGGUCAUUAUUGAAAACAGUGGUGGUAUUCUACGCAAUAUAUCAACCAUUAUCGCCUCGCGUGAUGACUAUCGGUCUAUACUUCAUCAAUACAAUUGCUACUCGAUUUUACUAGAAUUGUUACGCAAUCCACCCAGUUUAACAGUUGUCGUGAAUGUUUGCGGAACAUUGUGGAAUUUAACCUGUUCCUCGUCAAUUAAUGCAAAUGGCAAUGUUGAAAAUAACAUAUACAGCAAUAACCUUCUUGUCAGUAGUCAUAAUGAUCGCUUAAUUCUCUUACACCUUGGUGCAUUGGAUUUAAUUCAGUCGUUAACACAAUCGAAGCAUGAUUUAAUACGUAGCAGUUCUAUGGCAGUCUAUCGCAAUUUAAUACAAACUGAUGCAUCAACUAACCAAAAUCAUUUGCUGCCUCGAAAUCGUGGUUUACAUCAUGUGAACUCUAACCAUGAUCCACCAUCGAAUGAAUUUACUGGUACACAGAAUCAAAUUGUAAGCAAUGCCAGAGAUCAACCGUCUGAUUUAUACUCGAGGUCUCAUGUGAAUACUGCAAGUGGUGAAAAUAGUACAAAAGAAAGUGAUUCAUCUUGCACUCUAGAAACAUCAUCACAAUCAACAGCAGAACAAACCACCUGUAAGCGUCGUGUUUCAUCAUCAAGAACAUCUCGACUUCGUUUUGGACUACUGUCCGUAGUAUUUGAAGCCGAAAGUGACGAUGAAAUGGAAGAUGAUGAUGAAGAUGAAGAUGAGGAUGAUGAAGGUGAAAUGGAGGAAGUUGAGAAUGGUGAAGAAAGCAACCGUAUACAUGGACAAGUGGAAUAUAAAACAGAAGACAACCUCCACCACCAUCAUCAUAGAGGUCACACCAUUCAAGGUGAACUGUCUGUUGGUGACCAUUCAAAGUAUUGUGGUAUCACUUCUAAAAACCAGAGUAUUAAAAAUUCCGAGAGUUUAUGUGAUUCUGAAAUCAUGAUGGCAGCGUCAAAAGGUCGUCAUCGUAUGUCAAAUUGGUGUGAUGAUCUUGAUUUUCAUCAUCCUCAUUCACUUAGUCACACUGAUAAUACUGUGGAUGAAGAAGCAGAUGAAGAGCAAACAUGUGUAUACGCUGAGGAAGGUACACCUUUCCCACCAGACUCAGCUACUGCAUCGUCAUUAGAGCUGAACAAAACUGAUGAGAAAUUUUCACUUAAUAAUUUAAAUAUCGACUUCACUCCAGGUGACAAUCUGAUACAUAUUGGUAGUGGUGGACAAUUUAUCCGCAUUAACAGUAAUCCCAGCAGUAAUAGUUAUAAUAUCCCGCUGUCGAUAUAUCGAAACGAUCCAGUACCACACGUGUAUGCUAUGGAAGGUACACCAUCCAAUUGUGACAGUAAUUUAAGCCAUGAGGAUAGCAUGAAUGGUACUGAAGGUGGACUGAGCGAAGUCGAAUUCAGUCAUAGGUCAACAACAUUGAACGUUUUACCUCAUAGCGUUACAUCUGAAGCUGUAAACACUAUCGAAGAUAAUGGAUAUCUGCCAUCACCACCUGAAGAUAUAUCAAAUCUUGUUUCACCAUUGGCAUCCCUGAAUUUAGAAGAGUGUGAUAAGUAUGCUGGUUGUCCUUUCCCUAUGCCACCUCCGCCGUCUAUUCCUGUAGCCUGCAGGGAAUCAGAUGUCGACAGCAAGAAUGGUGCCUUCUCAUCGAAACAAACACCGUUAGUAUUUUCACGUGGUACAUCGUCUUGCCUAUCAUCACUAGACUUGGAAGUCCCAUUUAAUGAUUUUCAGUCAUCACCAGAAAGUGAAUACUCAGGUCAACAUAGAAGUACUGAUGUUGUCUCAAUCACUAGUGAAAAGAGUGAUCAUUUUGGAAGUAUAAAUCGCAGUAAAAACUUAAAUGGUGAAUUAUAUGAAACUGAUAGUUGCGUUGAAGAGGAUGUCAGAUUACCUUUCGCUGAAGAAGGCACACCACAGGACGCUGUAUCUUUGACGGAAAAUACCAAUACCGUAUACUUUCAGUCACAUUCUUAUGUCCAGUUGGAUAUGAAAAGUAAUAUGAGCGAGAAUAAGAAUACUUGCGAAGGUGGAGAUGAUGAUGAUGACGACGACGAUGAUGAUGAUGAUGAUAAUCAUAAACAUUCUCAGAUAUUGCAACAGUGCAUUGCAUCAGCUAUGCCUUCGAAUAAUACAUAUAAUAUACUGUCAGAUCAUUCACCUAAUGUAACGUUUUCUAAUCCUCCAGCUAUCCUAUUUAGUGAAGCAGAUGAUUCUUUGAGAGCAUUUGCUGUAGAAGAUACCCCAUUUGGUACUUCAACGAAAGCUAGUUCACUAAGUGACCUGAUCAUGACAGGACAUAAACCACUAGGAGAAGAAAAAAGUGAUAUGAAUUCAGAUUUUCCACUAUAUAAUUCACAGUUACCUGAUCAUGCUUCUAUACUACAUUCAAAUAACCUGAAAAACCGAUGCAUCACAGAAAGUCCAAGCGUUAAUCGUGGUAGUUCGUCUACAUCAAGUUCUCUGAAUGGUGAUACUUCAUCUGAUUUAUUGUCCGAAGUAAUACAAUCAGCAAUGCCAAAAUCUGGUCAAAUGAGACUGUCUAAUUUAUGCCCGGUUAUUGAUCCAACAUCUUCAGAUGGUGAUUGUCUACAAAUGUAUGCACUUGAAGGCACUCCUGGUAUAAAUGAUGAUGAUUUAUCCGGUUCGUCUUCUAUUCCAAAUGAUGAAGUUAGUAUUCAUUCAGUAGUGGCUUCUGAAAUAUCUAAUUCUCUAUCUAUAGCUCCCACAUCAUCUUUAUCCAAAAUUGCAUUCCAGAUGUUGAAUGCAGAUCCACCCACACCACCGCUUCGUACCACAUCUGCAUUAACUAGUAGUUCAGAUCCAUUUAGUAAAGUUUCUGGUUUAACGAGACCAAGAGCAACAGUGGCUCCUAUGUUGCAAACAAAGUCUCAUUCCUUGAAUUCACCGAUUGUCUCUCGUUCUCAAAAUGUAUCAGAACAAUCGUUGAAAUCAUGUUUACAGCCUGAUGAAAGCGAACGUAAUGACUGUGCGCCAUUACCAAAUUCAUCAUUACCAUCCUCGUCGUCACCAUCUCAUUACAUAGGAGCUGAUAAAGAUGAUGCUAGUUCUUUUUCAUCAUUAUUGAGUAUUGAAUCUGUUGGGAUGGAGCAUUCUUUAUUACAGGAAUGCAUUUCAUCAGCUAUGCCACGCCCAAAGUCAAUAUCACAUCUUCGUAAACAACAACAGCAACAACAGUUCAACCAGCAUCAAAAACAAAAACGUCAACAGUCUUCACCUUCUACAUCAUCAUCACCUCCACCAGCUCAAGUAACUUUAAAAGAGGAGGAGGAGGAAGAAGAAAAAUCGAAUCAUCACCUCGUUAGUAGUAGAGAUAUUGGUUGUUUUCAACCAAAUGAAGCUGAUGAUAUUCAUUGUCAUCAGACGUCAUCGUCUAAAAUACAAGUCAGUUUAUCAUCAAAGAAAUCAAGUCAACAAAAGCAACAGUCUAAGAUACCUAGUCAAAAUCUACAUAAGACUAUCGCAAAAUCAAAUGGUUCAUCCCAAGGCGGUACAAUACAUUUUUUAGAUCAUGGCUCCGGCGAUGCACAACCACCUCCGUGUCUGAAUACGAAUGUAGCGAUGAAGAAUACCAUUACAGCUAGUGAUAUUACUACCUCUUCCAAUCCCACUAUCACUACCGACUUUGUUGUCAUUAAUAGUAAUAAUAACACAAGGAAGUUACCAGUAUUGAAUCAGGACAGCUGUGCAUCCUAUGGAGGUAUAAUUCCAAACGCUGACAGCGAGGAUUAUAAGACAUCUAAAUUGUCACUACGCAGUAAUAAUUACUCUACAGACACAUAUUCUUCACAAUCUUUGCUGCCUACCACUAUUCAGCUCUCAAAAAAUUGCAACAAAGUUGCUAUUCAUAAUAACAAGUCUGGUUUACGUGCUCCGUCUAUCAAAACUAAACCGAAUACUUCAAAUACGCUGAAUGAUAAGCACACAAAGAGCAUAAAACAUUCCAAUGUUAUUGAUAUACUUGAUCCUAAAGAUAUCAUUGAACUAUUACAAAAGGGCGCUGAAACUGUUGUUACCGACCUAAUGAAAUCAUGCCAGUAUGAAGUUAGAAAUGAUCCUAGUGAUGAGUUGAAAAAUGAUUCUCAUCUAGACAGUAAUGCUUCAAGCUUAGAACUUCUGCCAGAACUCAUUGAUCUGGAUCGACCAGAUGCGUUGUUUAAGAAUAAUCUUGGCAACAAUAAUCAUAAAACAAAUGAAGUUAACUAUAAUGAACCAGUUGACACUAGCAUUAAAGCACCAUCAUCUACAGGAGUUACUAGCAGAAAACCGCUAAUAUCUUCGUCUAAUACACCACUUUCCAAUAUUCAAUCAGUAAAUUACAAUCCCUUGUAUUCACCAUCGGUCAAAACAACUAACCCAUCGAAACCUGAUAACACCUUUAAGAGUAAGUUGGUGAGAAAUGGAAUUCCAAUUGUUUCAAGGGCGGCUUCAGGCAAAGUGAUUGGUAAUUUUUCUAAUCAGAUUAUGAACAAUAACGUUGGUGGCGGUGGUGUUAGUAGCAAAAAUAGAUAUCAGCCGACGACUGUGAAACACAUUAAUCACGCUAGCAAUAUAAACACAACGUAUAAGUAUAAGAAGGGUAUCACUCAUGUUGUAGCAGCAGUGAAUAACACGUAUAAAAUCCCGAAUCAAAUAAAUAAUAAUAAUAAUGGUAAAAAGUCCACUAAGUAUAUUAAACAACAAAACCAUCAUCAACGUUCGGCUAUGACAGAACCACCAUCUGUACAAAAUCGGUCGUUAGCCACUAGUCGUUCAGUAUCUGCUGCAAGUUUAAUAUCGAAUCCAAAGUCGAUUAACCAAUCGAAUGAAUCAAAUAUCAUCCCUCCACAUAAUCUUGUUAAACCAAGUAAUCAACAUAUGUCUGCUGAGUCGAUAUAUGCUGCUCUUGUUAAACAGGAUAAAUUAAGGAAUCAACAUCGUCAUAAUAAUUAUAGUAAUAAUGGUAGUAAUAAUAAUAAUUCUAACAUGAACAGUAAACUCAUAACUAAAACCUCAUCUGUUGGAAUUUAUGCAAAAUGUCGAGCUAGCAAUAGAUCAUCAAUAAGUGGAACAUCUCAUUUCAAUCAUUCUAUUGGACAUAUUGCCUCAGCGGUUGCUCUUGCUAGUAGUGGUGAUGUUGGUCGUGGGAUGAUGAAGACAAAAUCAUUUGAAGCAAAACAAGAUCACUCACUUCAAGGAUCCAAUGAUUGUAUUCCCAUUAAUCUAUCAUAUGAUAAUAGUUCUUCUAUUAUCGGGGGAGGAGGAGAAGGAGUCAGCAACACACCUGUCAUAGCAUCGACAGCAGAAUUAUCUGGAUCUACUGCAACAACGACAGGAUUAUCUAAAUGUGAUAAUAACUCAAAUAUAUCAGAUAUUCCUAAACCCAUACGUGGUGGGCGAAAGUCUUUGACAGGUCGAAAGAUCACUUCGCCACAAACAACCAAUCCCACUAACGCAAUACCCAUUCCCGUUAAACCGAUAUCUGCAGUAAGACCAACUCCCCAUUCUUUUGCCAAUCUCCAUGUCAAUCCUUCAAAUAUUGUGAAAAAAGUCGAUCAACAAAAGCCAAAAGGGAAUCUUCAACAAGUGAAUCCUGAAGACAACUCUUCAAAACAAAUUGCUGACACUGCAAGUGAAGAUGUAAACAGUGGUAAUGCAGAAAGCAAUGUAAUAUCGAAAUAUCAGAAUGAUGAUUAUUCAUCAGUCAAACAACCUCCUGGUAUGUGGAUUGUGAGAGAAGAAUUAAGUGUGAUAGUAGAUGAUUUUGACUAG